AUGUCGAGCGAUACUCCAAAUGCUGUUGUAUGUCUGCAUGGCGACCUUGAGUUGAAAAUCAUCGAAGCUCGAUGCUUGCCAAACAUGGAUUUACUAUCGGAGCGUCUCAGACGAUGCUUCACGCCAUUUGACCCAUUUUCUAGACGAAAGAAGAACCAUCGCCACCGUAAGAUAAUCACCAGCGACCCGUACGUAACGGUUUGCCUAGCCGGUGCCACAGUGGCGCGGACACGGGUGAUUUCAAAUUCUCAACACCCUGUUUGGAAUGAGCGCUUCAAGAUCCCCUUGGCCCACCCAACAUCUCAAUUCGAGUUCUACGUCAAGGACAAUGAUGUGUUCGGCGCUGAUUUGAUAGGGGUGGCAAUCGUUCCAGCAGUUGAGGUCCUCAGAGGUGAAAUAAUCAGCGGCUGGUUCCCUAUAAUAAGCUCUUAUGGAAAACCGCCAAAACCUGACUGCGCGGUUCACCUAGAGAUGAAAUUCAUCAAAUGCGAAGAAAUGUCAUUUUUCAAAUACGGAAUGGCGACAAACUCGAAUGAAUUUGGAAUAAGAAACUGUUAUUUCCCUGCACGACACGGUGGUUCGGUUACUUUGUACCAAGACGCACACGUUAUGCAAUCGACAUUACCACCAAUUAUGUUGGAGAAUGGAACCGUGUUUAAGAAUGAACCGUGUUGGGAAGACAUUUGCCAUGCGAUUUUAGAAGCCCACCACAUGGUUUACAUUGUGGGAUGGUCAGUUUUUCAUGAGGUGAGGCUGGUGAGAGAGCCCACAAGGCCGCUGCCUAAAGGUGGGAGUUUGAGUUUAGGGGAUUUGCUCAAGUACAAAUCGGAAGAAGGGGUUAGAGUUCUGCUAUUGGUUUGGGAUGAUAAGACCUCCCAUAGCAAGUUCUUCAUCAACACGGCAGGAGUGAUGCAAACACAUGAUGAAGAAACUCGAAAGUUUUUCAAGCACUCUUCUGUUACAUGUGUGUUGUCCCCUCGUUAUGCCAGCAGUAAGCUUAGCAUUUUCAAGCAACAGGACGUACUGACUUUUGUGCUGCAUGUGAUCCAGGUUGUUGGAACCCUCUUUACGCACCAUCAGAAAUGUGUGAUUGUGGAUUCUCUAGCGUAUGGAAAUAAUCGAAAGAUUACUGCCUUUUUAGGAGGCUUGGACCUUUGCGACGGUCGCUACGAUACACCUGAACAUCGACUCUUUCGCGAUCUUAAUACUGUAUAUAGAGAGGAUUUUCACAACCCCACAUUUUCUGCAGCAAUUAAGUGCCCCAGGGAACCAUGGCAUGACUUACAUUGUAAGGUUGAAGGACCAGCUGCUUAUGAUAUUCUUAAGAACUUCGAGCAGCGUUGGCGGAAAGCUACGAAAUGGGCCCAGCUUGGACGACGAUUAAAAAGGGGUUGUAAGAAUGAAGAUGUUUUAAUAAAGUUGGACCGAAUUUCUUGGAUACUAAGCCCUUCUGACACAAUCUCACCGGAUGAUCCUGCACUAUGGGUUCGCAGUGAAGUAGAUCCAGAGAAUUGGAACGUCCAGGUUUUUCGGUCUAUAGAUUCAGGAUCUGUGAAAGGGUUUCCUAAAGAUGUUUAUCAAGCAAAUUCUGAGAAUCUUGUUUGUGCAAAAAAUCUGGUUAUAGACAAGAGCAUUCAGACAGCAUACAUCCAGGCAAUUCGAGCUGCUCAACAUUUCAUAUAUAUUGAGAACCAAUAUUUCAUUGGAUCAUCAUAUGCUUGGCCAUCUUACAAAGCAGGUGCUGAUAAUUUAAUUCCUAUGGAGUUGGCAUUGAAGAUUGCUAGUAAGAUAAGAGCAAAAGAGAGAUUUGCAGUUUAUAUUAUUAUACCAAUGUGGCCUGAAGGCGUCCCUUCUUCAACAUCUGUGCAAGAAAUUCUCUUUUGGCAGGGGCAGACAAUUAAAAUGAUGUAUGGAAUCAUAGCAAAAGAGUUGAAAGCUAUGCGUAUUGAGAAUUCUCAUCCACAAGACUAUCUAAAUUUCUAUUGCCUUGGUAAUCGGGAAGAAAUUCCCUCAGACUAUUCUUGGUCUAAGUCAUGCCUAUUAUCUCCUACUGGUGAUGCGGUUUCAACUUCACUAAGGUUCCAACGGUUUAUGGUUUAUGUACACGCAAAGGCAAUGAUAGUAGAUGACGAGUACCUGAUAUUGGGGUCUGCCAAUAUAAAUCAACGAUCGAUGGCUGGUUCAAGAGACACCGAGAUAGCAAUCGGUGCAUGCCAACCCCAUUAUACAUGGAGUCAAAAGAAGAGACAGCCGCGUGGUCAGGUCUAUGGGUACAGAAUGUCUCUAUGGGCUGAACACAUGCACAUGGUGAACGAUUUGUUUAAUAAACCUGAAAAUUCGGAUUGUGUGAGGAUGGUAAACAACAUUGCUGAAGAAAAUUGGAGAAGGUACUCGAAGAACGAGUUUACGAUAUUACAGGGGCACCUACUCAAAUACCCGAUUUCGGUAAAUGGUAGUGGUAUAGUAGGGCCCUUGUCUGGACAUGAGACCUUUCCAGAUGUAGGUGGCAAGGUCCUUGGAUGUCGAUCAACACUUCCAGAUGCUCUUACUACGUAGGCUUCAAUAUUUUUCAUUAGCGUCCAAAUUGAGAGUGAAGAAGGGUAGACAGGGGUGGGGCAAGUCUACUUCUUCAUAUAGAACAUAGUGCAGAUUACGAAGGCAACAUGGGUUAACAUACGACUGCCUCGUCUAGUGGGUUAACACAAGAGUCCUUUUAGGCCAAAGGUUUUGUAGAUGGAGAGAGGUGCUCUGUUUUUACAGCCAUCAACGAGUGAAAAAGCAAGCCAAAUAUUUCUGAUUUGAUGGCACUCUAUAUUUAUUUUUUGUUUCUUUUUGGGAUGCCAAAAGCUAAAACAAUUUGUUAGCUUUGAGAUUAUAGAGAUUGUUUUGCAGGAAAUUUAAAUGAUGUUACAACCAAAAUGUACAUGAAUUCAAAGUAAAUAAAUAGAU